AGUAUUGACUCAAUUUUUUACACAGGCACUGUAUAGUCACUGACAUUCCGUGUUUAUGAUGAUUUUUUCUUGAGCCACAAAUUGAAGAAAAUGACUGAAAAGUAUUUUUCUAGUAGUGCUGAACCAAGUAUUUUCGAUAAAAUUGUAUCUAAUCCAUCAGGUAUUUUAGGCCAAGAUGAAGACACUGAAUUUCUCAACACAAGAGUGUCCAAUGAUCCAAUCACAGUUGCUGAUGAGAUUAGGGAUGUCUGGGAACCUGUGGAGCAGGAACCCGGAGUUCCACCACUUCUAACGAUGCCAGGAGUUCUAUCAGUGGAAGAUCUCAAUGAUCCGGUCAAGGAAACAGUGGCAACAGCCUUUGGAGCUGACGAAGCAAAGAAAAUGCCACUGUUGACCUGCAAUGAUGUGACCCAGGAUGAACGUGGCUUGCGAAAACUGAUUGAUGAAGGGUGUUUUAGGGCUGCAGUAAAUCUGACCAGUCGUUUAUUGACGAUAUAUGGGCAGGGAUAUGGAAGACUGGGACAACCAGCGAAGCAUACGCCACAUUCCCUGCAGCUCUGGUUCACUCGUUUUGCUCUCCUGGCCAAAUUGGGCCUUCAUGAUUUGUGUCAGAUGGAAUCUGAUGCCUUUGGUGAACUGAGUCGCCCGGAUAUCUUCUUUGAAUUCUACCCAGAAAUGUACACCAAUCGCCGUGGAUCAAUGGCCAGCUUCAGUUUUCGCCUCCUCCUGGCUGAACUUCCCAUGUACUUGGGUGCUCCCAACGUUGCAAUGCAUCGUCUCACGGCCAUGGCAAAUAUUUGCAAGAGAAUUGAGAAAUUAAUGAGUCACACAAAAGUGGAGAAUAAUGUGAAAUUCUGGAGGAGAAGACGCGUUCGUGUCCAGCAUUCAAUCAUCAAUUGUGCCCUCCUGCUGAAGAAUUACAAUGUGGCUAAUCAUUUCAUUGAGUCCCUGAUUGAGGAAACUUGCUGGACCAAUGAGGAACUCGGAGCCUUAUAUUCUGCAGCCGGAAAAAUUUAUCUCCAAUGCGGAGAUAUUCUGGCUGCUGAGAAAAAAUUGACCAGCAUGAAGAAACUUGGUUUAACGAGUCCGGCAUUCCAAGUUCAAGAAUUCAUAGACAGAGGUUUAAUUUUCGUGGCUCACAAUGAUUUUGAGGAAGCACUGAAGAAUUUCCAAAAAGCUGCUACUCUGGAACCAACCAAUGUCAUGAUUGCAAAUAACGUGGCAGUGUGUUUGCUGUAUUUGGGCAGAAUGAAGAAUGCCAUUGAAACCUACGAGAAUAUGAUGGAGAAGAAUACCAAACAGGCUAUCAAUGAGCAUUUUUUGAUCAAUUUAUGCACACUUUAUGAAUUAGAAUCCAAUUUUUCUCGACCUAAGAAAUUAGUGCAGCUUCAGAGGAUUGCAGGGCAGCAUCGAGAUCUCUGCAUGAAUGUGGAUAUAUGCCUGAAAUUGCAUUCCAGCAACUAAAAUCUUGGAAUAACUUUGGAUUGAAUUGUGGAUAAUUAAUUUACAUUUUAAUUUAGUUCUUAUAAAUUUUAGACAUAAGAAAAAAUGCUUGAAAUAAAAAGUUGUUUCCUGAAAUAAAAAAAAAAA